GGUGGAGGACUGUGUGCGGCGGGGCCGACAGCGGGUAGAGGUGUGAGGGCGGCAGGGGACCUGAGCGGGAGCCGGGCCGGUGUGGCCGCCGCCGCCACCGCCACCGCCACCAUGCAGGAAAUCAUCGCCAGCGUGGACCACAUCAAGUUCGACUUGGAGAUCGCGGUGGAGCAGCAGCUUGGGGCGCAGCCGCUGCCCUUCCCCGGCAUGGACAAGUCGGGGGCUGCUGUCUGCGAAUUCUUUUUGAAAGCUGCCUGUGGCAAAGGGGGCAUGUGCCCGUUCCGCCACAUCAGCGGCGAGAAGACGGUCGUGUGCAAACACUGGCUGCGGGGGCUGUGCAAGAAGGGGGACCAGUGCGAGUUCCUGCACGAGUACGACAUGACCAAGAUGCCCGAGUGCUACUUCUACUCGAAGUUCGGGGAGUGCAGCAACAAGGAGUGCCCCUUCCUGCACAUCGACCCCGAGUCCAAGAUCAAGGACUGUCCUUGGUACGACCGUGGCUUCUGCAAGCAUGGUCCCCUGUGCAGGCACCGGCACACGCGGAGAGUCAUCUGUGUGAAUUACCUCGUGGGAUUCUGCCCGGAGGGGCCCUCGUGUAAAUUCAUGCACCCUAGAUUUGAACUGCCGAUGGGAACCACCGAGCAGCCCCCACUGCCGCAGCAGACGCAGCCUCCCACAAAGCAAAGUAACAAUCCGCCAUUACAAAGGUCGUCCUCCUUGAUCCAGUUAACGAGUCAGAACUCUUCUCCCAACCAGCAGAGAGCCCCGCAGGUCAUCGGGGUCAUGCAGAGUCAAAACAGCAGCGCAGGCAACCGGGGACCCCGGCCGCUGGAGCAGGUCACCUGUUACAAGGUGAGUCCCGGGGCCAGGGGGGUGGCAGGGGGUCUUCACAGUCAGUGGCCAUUCCCUCAUUCCCCAGAGAGUUAGCUGAUUUUGAAGAAUGAAGACAUCUUUGUUUUUGCUGAUUGGAAGAGUAAAACUGGGCCACUCCGGUGAGCUAGAGACUAUGCUACUUCUGUCCAUGACACACUAAGGCCAGGUGAACAAUUAAACACACGCUGUUAAAUGAAAGGAUUGUGCUUUCAAGAAAGGGAUGGGAACCUUCCAGAGGCCAGGAACGAAGUGGGAGCACGAAUCCAAGGAACAGAGUGAGCCCUGAAGCCUCUGGGUGUCCUCAUAUCCCAGGUGGGCACACCCAAAGGAAAGGGGCAGAAGCUUUAGGCCCGCGUGGGGAGGAAAUGGAGUAGAACCUUCACCCCCACCCACUCGCAAAACAGGACGUUCAGGGAAAGGGUAAACUUUUUAAAAACUUACUGGAAAACUUGUCCAUCUCACUCUCUGCUCAGGAUGGAAAGGUGGGGAGAAAAGCCCUUCUGAGUUUGUCGUCACUGGCAGGCCCUUCCUUGAGUCUGGGCCUGUGUUCACAGCCUUGGUGUGGGCCAAAAAGCCACAGACUGAGUUUUCUAAUCUAAAACAGCCCUGGAUGGGUGAGCCCCUGGCACCCGACUUUGAGAAAUUUAUUCUCAACCCAGGCCACACAGAAUUCCCACAACUAAGGUUCCCCAGAAUGAGCUCAUAAUAAAAAUCGUAGGAGGAAACAAGCACCACUGUCAGCAGAAACCACCAACAGAACUAGAUUCACAAAGAUUUCCGACGUGGAGAUUAUUAGAUGAAAUACAGAAUUAGUACAUGCUUUCUGUAAAAACUUUUAGAUGAUACAGAAGUGUUCAGCGUACAGAGUGUUGCCCUUUAUUCCCACCAUUUUCCUAAAAGAGCCACUUUACCCAGCUGUUGUGUUCUCACGUUUUGUUUUCAAUACUCCUUUACACUCCACAACUCCUACAGGGGGCUCCACUCAGAGAAGUGCUCUGCUAAACUUUUAUUCACACAAGCACAAGCACAAUAUAUAUUUUAAUACAAGUAGGGCCCUAGUAUGUACAGUGUUCUAUAAUCCCUUUUUCCUUAUAACAUAUUCUGAUCUGUGUUGGCAUAAGUAACUCUAAUGUAUUUCAGUGGCUACAUAAUUUUACCAGUUCUCUGUUGGUAAACAGUUCUCCGUCGGUAAACUAUUAAUUUAUAGUUUUUGCUGCUAAAAAUAGUGCUGAAUCUGACAGACAUUUGUGAGCUCUUGUCUGGUGUCUGGAACAUCCAGGCCUACAAGUAGAAGGGCCAAGUCAAAAAGCAUAUGCCUAUAUUGUUCCUACAACUUGCCUUCGGGAAGGGCUGAGCCACUGGUCACUUCCCACAGCCGUCAGACACUCACUGAGCACCUGCUCUGUGGGCUCUGCGGAGAAACCCACCGCUGUCACUCCUCCCCGGGAGGGGUCUGUGUUCCGAGGGAGGGGAAGGCAGGUGCCCAGACACCGAAGUUAAAAGUGCCCACGCGUGCAGGGAAGGCCUCACAGAAAUUUCUGAGCCUGAGCCCUGACGGGAGGAGAGUAUGGAAGGGGGGCUGUGGAGGAAGGUGAGGGGAGACCAGGCAGUUCUCAAGUACAGUGAGGAGACUCGGGUGUCCUGAGUCAGCGGAGCUGUGCUGCCUCCUCCAGGACUUGUCGGCAGGGCCUCUGAAGCAAGCUCUCCUGAGUCCGGGAACCUUAGAAAGAUGGGGCUGGGGGUAGGGGACGAACCUAACAACCUCUUCCUACCACGGGCACAGUUGAUAUUAAAGCCAUCUCGGGGGAAUCCUGAUUCCCCAGGAUCAGCUGCGGAGGCCAGUGGACAGGCCGAGGGCAGCAAGCGGGGCCACGGAGUCCCUCCCUCUGGUUAUCACAUCUGCCAGAGGUCCAGCUGGCAGCUACACAGGCCACUCGACCACACGAGUUACACCUACAGAUCAGAAAGACUUGAAAACAUGGGGACUGUGCAGUCGGGGGAAUAGAGCAGGCCAAAGCCCCGAGUUCCAGACCAAGGAAGCAAGGACUGGGAGGGCUCUGGGUGGGUUAGUGCGGGGUGGGUGCCCCGACCUGUCUCCCGACCCCUUGUUCAGUGCUCGAGGCUGCCAUUUCCUUCCUUAUAAUUCCCUUCUGCUUUCUGAGGAGUAACGAGAACGAAUGAGGAGAAGCUAAGGAAGGGUCUGGAGAAUCAGCCGGGACAAGUCAGGGUCCGUGCUGGAGUUUCUGAAGUGAUUCUCCCGGGUCUCUUCCCCCAAGUCUAAUCAUUAUCCCGUCUCUCUGAUCCUGUGGCCCAGACCUGGCCCAGGGCUAGCUUAGGCAAGUGCGCACGAGCCAGGAGGGAAAGAUCUUUGGGUGCAGCCCACCCUCUGUCCUCGCAGUGAGUCCCUGAGUUGGGGGAGGAGCCCGGCGGCUUCUGUUGCGUGGCCGCCUCCCCUGUCUCAGGGGAGUCCCAGAACUGUGCCUUAGAGGUAAGUGACUGGCCAGCCGUGCAGAGGGGCUUGGUCCCUGGAGAGGCGGGAGCGCUGUGGUGCCACCGGCUUCUCUUCACCCCGCGCGCCACCACGAGAGUCCGCCGUGGCCCGCGCGCUCCCUUCCACCGGCCGGGCUGCUGGCUGCGGUUUCUGUGCCACUCUACCAUCUGGAGCUCCCUUUCCCUCGUGUUUGAAUGAAAAUCAGUGCCGCUGAGAAUUUCAGAGUCCCUGCUCCCAACCUGGAAUUUAGCGGGUGCUGCCUUAGUUGAAAAUUGCAUUUGAAACAAUGUGUUUCGUUUGUUUCCUCCUUCCCUUCCUGCU